AUGGCUGACAGCAACAACUACUGUACUGUCUCAUCCAUCAUCCCCAAGCUCAAGGGGGAGUCUAACUGGUCUUCAUGGAUCGUCCUCAUGGGCGCCACUCUCCGCGCCCACAAAGUCAAGAAGUACGUCGAUUCAGAUGUCGCUGAACCCGCCGAGGGCACUCCGGCCCACACCUCAUGGGAAGCGGAUCGCGAUGUCGCGUACAACCUCCUCAUCUUUUCGUGCGACACCCUCAUCGACGGGCUUCUCAACGCAGGCUGGCAGGAUGAUGGCAACCCAUACACACUCAUGAAGGCCCUUGAGAAGUAUAUCUCCAAGGUGUCUGAGAACGCAGUUGGUGCGCUUGUCGAUGAGUUUGCCAAGGGCAACGCUCACGACCACAGGACUCUUCACGAUGCGCUCAAACGCGCCCGAUACCUUCGCGCUUGCAUCACUAGUGUCUGCGGUGAGAACUCUGACCACUUCUGGGCGAUUCUUUUGCUCAACUACUUCAAGGUCCGCCUGCCGGAUACAUACAGGCAUUACAUCAACAACAAGAAACCCGCCUGGUCUGACGUUGUUGAGACUAUCUACACCCUCGCUCAAGCCAAAGAGCACAAGACAGGCCUUGCCUUACACUGCAAGACUGUGCCAACAACCCUGACCACCUCUUCUAGCACCACUCCCGUGAAGAACGAGGACCGCGAGGUUUCCUCCCCAUGCAAGAAGGACCACACUGCGGCAAACUCUUCGACCGCCGCCCACCCGGAGCUUGUUUCGCAUGACAACCCUUCCGCGACAGGUCCUGAGCGGUGCCUGCCCGCCAGGCGUAACCCCUUGAUGGUCGAAGAUGUGCCAUCACAUGAUGAACUCGUCUCGCGCCGCGGUCUCAAACGAAUACAGCUGCUCCCGCACCUUACAAAAGGCCAAGGUGGCGUUUUCGAAUACGUCCAUCUCCACGCGCCCAUGCCAAAGAGUAUCUUCUCUGGAAUCUUCAAGUCCAGCCUCAACCACUACUUCCUCCUACGCCGGAGCCACGACGACUUCGUGUCCGCCUCCGGCAUGUUCAAGGCCACCUUCCCCUACGCUGAGGCCUCCGAAGAAGAUGCCGAACGCAAGUACAUUAAGUCGUUUGCCACCACCAGCCCCGAGGAGACGGUCGGUAGCGUUUGGAUCCCCCCUGAAUACGCUUUGACUCUUGCCGAGGAGUACGGCAUCGCGCCGUGGAUCCGCGCCCUACUGGAUCCCGCCAACGUUGCCGUCUCCUGA